UUGAUCUUUUGUUUCUGGUCGGUGGAUUUGAAUAACAUUUAAAAUGGCGAGUGAGAAUCACCGACCAGAAAAAAGAGGUGAGAACUUCUUUACCCAGUAGGUACAAUAUUGUAGUCUUUGAACUUAUAUAUCGACUAUAGUGCCUAUUGCCUAAUGUAAAAUAAAAUAAAACCAUAAUAAUGACGCGUGGAAGAUGCGUUGUGCCUGGGUGCAGUAAUUUGGGACAUCAUAUAAUACCUACAGUGAAUAGUCGAAAAUCUCUUUGGAUGAAAGCUAUGAAAUUAGAAGGUCAGAUUUUGAAGUUCAAAAGGCCUUCAGUGUGUAAAUUACAUUUCAAAGAAACUGACUACAUGGAUUCAGAUUAUAUAGGUCUGGGUAAUUAAUAGCUUCUUUAUUUACUAGUAGGUACUAGGUACUAAUUAAAAUGAGAAACAGGAAUUUAAAAAGACAUGCAGUACCUUCAAUUUUUCCAUGGAAUGAUGAGCCACCAACCAAGGAAACAUUUAUCUCUCAAGAGGAAAUAAACUCAGACUCAAAAUCUGAAAUGAAAAAUGUGGAAUCCAGAGCCCCCUUACUUACAGAUAAUGACAAUACUACAGAAAAACUAUCAUCUGAAAUACAACCAUCAUCAUCACUUGAAAAGGAAAAAGAUAUUCCUCGUAACUCUUCUGGAGUUAAUAAAUCACAUAUAACACAAAACAUGCCUUUUAGAUAUGAAUUGACUCCGGGAACAUCCGACCCUCCUUGUGAAGAACUCUCGGAUGCCCGUUUUCAAAAACCACCAAGUGAAAAACAGCAGAGUUCCAGACCAAACAACAGUUUUGCAGAAAUCGAAAUUGAUAUUGGUAAUGCCAUUGAAACUACUGAAAGUGUUAAAGUCAAACAAGAAAAAGAUAUUGGAAAUGUUAAUGAAGCCACUGUAAGUGUUGAGGUAAAACAAGAAAAAGAUAAUGAAAAUGUUACUGAAAGUGUUACAGUCAAACAAAAUCCUUUUACUAUUACAGAGCCUUGUGCAAGUUGUGGCCACCUACCCUAUUAUAGUGUACACAGUUAUAAAAACGAGCCUAAUGGACUUAGUUAUUAUACAGGCUUUGAAACUUUUGAUAAAUUGAUAUCAGUAUUUAACAGUUUGGGGGAUGGUGUCAACAAUCUAGAUUAUGUUUAUGGACCACCUCCAGAUCACCUAGAUACAUUGGAACAAUUCUGCAUGGUAUUGUUAUGGCUCAGCAAGCACAGAGAGUUCCAAGACGUUGCUCUGACGUAUAGAACAUCGACAAAACAAGUCGCAAACAUUCUUAUUGCAUGGAUCCGCUUUAUGGCUUUACAAUGGCGAGCCAUCAAAUUGAAGAUCGAUAGAAAGGCUGUUUCAUAUUACAUGUCAUUAGAUUAUAAUGAUAAAUAUCCCUAUAAUAGGGUUAUAAUAGAUGCGAAUGAGUGUCUAGAUAAGCCCCCCCGCCUACUAUCAGCAUACGAAAACAAGAACACCAUAAAACUUCUGAUUGGUAUGGCACCAAAUGGUCUUAUAACUUACCUUUCACCUUGCUCUGGUGAUUCGGAUUCGGACAGGCAGCUUGAUGAAAGAAGUUCAUCGAAUGAUGAAAUGAUGGACAAAGAAUUGAACGUACAGGAUAUUUUUUUGUCGCACGGGAUUAAAGUCGGGCCUAUUCCGUCUAAGAAAUAUAACAAAGUUAUCCCCGAUAUUCUUACAAAGGCUAGUAAGAUUGCCAACAAAAAGGUACACAUUGAAGGAAUACUUGAAAUGUUGAAGUCAUACAAAAUCUUAACACAGCCAAUGACCCCAAUCGAAAAGGGAGUGUCCAAUGAAAUUGCUUUUGUUGUGGCCAUGUUGGUCAAUUUCAGAUCAAAUUUUAUAAAAUAGCCGUAUUUAUUCUUCGUGGAUUUAAAAUGAUCGUUUUAAAAUAACAUAAUAUUGUUAUACUCUAUAGUAGGUAGGACGCGACACGUCGAGAUGGCAAUCGGGGUAUGAGGCGGGCCGCGAGGGGACGUCUCGCACACCCGAUCGUCACUCGUGCUAUCCCGCACCGGGUUAACGCGGUGUCCCCGCCUCGAUGGCCAUCUCGACCUGUCGCGUACUAUUCAUAGUCCGAUGUUUGUUAGCCUGUAAGUACUUAGUUGUAAAAACCUAGUUUUUAAGUAGACUAGCCACUUAUACCGAUGUGUUAUGUGUAGGUGCCCAAUAUGAUGAUUGUGUAAUCAUAAACUUGUAACUUAAGUU